AUGGACGACGGCAACCUCGUGUGGGCCGCUGAUCAGCAAGAUAACUUGACCGCCGGUCUCGGCACCCUCGACGUCGCCGAGGGCGACACCACUCCAACAACUCCGCCUGACGAUGCGACUACAAGACAAGACCGUAGCGAGGUGACCCCCAUGACACCUGCGCCGACCCAGCCAACCGAUGCCCUCCUCAAUACGGGCACUGGCAAUGUCGACGACGACAACGACACCGACGACGACGACCGCGACGUGUGGCCGUGGGGCCGUGACCCAGCGAAGGCUACGUCUGGCGGUACGUUCACCUCGCUCUCAGCCGGUGCUCAUGUUCCAGAGCCAUGGACCAUGGAGGAAUCUCUCCUACGGGAGCAUGAGGAGGCGAGGCCGGAGUUCUAUGAGCUCAGUUCUGCCAUGAUGUCCCUUAAACGGGCCGGGGUCCCGAUUCCACAAGUCAUGUUCGACCGGGUUGGGGACGUUGUUCGUCAGAGGUUCGCCUUGUACAAACGGCUGCACGAGGAGCGGAAGGACGACCCUCGGUUCAUUCGGCUCAUGGCCAAACGUCGCAAUGCCCCCGCCGCCGCUGGUGGCUCAAGCUCCUCCACACCUCUGUCGACCGGCACCCGCGAGUCUACUCUGCCGACCACUGAGCAAAUGGAGGACCCCACGACCCCACACGAGUCAGCUUCGUCCUCGCCUCCGCCUGUCGACCCCCGUGGCACGUCACCCCACGUCGACAUGUAA